AUGGCCACAGUGGUCCGGUCGCAGACACCGCUGCAGGACCCUUACGGCGCCAUCUCACAGCCCGCAAAUCCCAUAUUCUCAGGUCAGGGCUAUGGAUCGCGGUCCGCCUCUAGACCGAACUCCUUUAUAGCCUCCAACUCCGGCUACAACUUUGCUUCUGGGGCUGUUACCGAGCCCUCGGUCUCUCAUAACGGUCGAUUCCAUGAGGAGUUCGAUGUCGCCAGCCAACGUGGUUCCGUCGCUUUCGAGGGCCCAUCAUCCGCCGCCGUACAGCGCUCCGCAUCUCAGAUGUCCAACUCCCGUUCUGCGACACCCACGCGAUCCGGGACUUUGAAAAAGAAGUCCUCCCUUAGCAAGAGAGGCAGCGACAAGGAGAAGUAUAGCGUCGACGGCGCCGAAGAUCACAAUAGCGCGUUCUACAUCCCUGUUCCUACGAAUGGGAACCCGACGGAAGUUUUAGCAGAUCGCUUUCAAGCUUGGCGUAAGGUCCUAAAGGAUCUCAUUGUGUUCUUCAAAGAACUCCAGAAAUCCUACGAAACUCGAUCCAAACUAUUCAUGUCGGCAUCAACUGUUAUCAACAAUACAGCGUUGCCCCCCACCUUUCUCAAAUCCGGCGGCCUGGCAGAUGCGACCGAUAUUCUGCGGAAUUUCCAUAAACAGGCGUAUCAAGAAGCGAGCAAGGCUGCUGAGGUAGAAAACGAGUUGGUCGCUCAGCUAAUGGGACUCCGAAACGACCUUCAAAAGAAAACCAAGGAGAUCAGGAGUCUUUCGGGCGAUUUUCGAAACUCGAUUGAUAAGGAAGUUGACGCCACACGCAAAUCCGUCCGCCAUUUGCACGAAGCCCUAGGCCUGGUCGACACGGAUUCCGCAGCCACAGCGGGAAAGGGAGACCCGUUUAUCAUCCGUUUGGGUGUCGACAAGCAGAUUGAAAAGCAGAUCGAAGAAGAAAACUAUUUGCACAGAGCGUUUUUGAACUUGGAAAACUCUGGUCGCGAAUUGGAAUCCAUCGUGGUUAGCGAAAUUCAGAAGGCAUACAAAACUUACGCCAACAUCCUUACACGGGAAGCCGACGAGGCGUACGAUGCCGCGGAGAAGCUUCGGGCAGGGCCCAUCUCGAUGCCACACGACCACGAAUGGAACUCGUUCAUCGCAGAGACCGACGAGUUAGUCGAUCCACGAGUCCCCCUUCGGGACGUGGAGAAUAUCUCCUACCCUGGUAAAGACCAUCCGGCCGCUGCAGAGGUCAGAUCCGGUAUGCUCGAACGUAAGAGCAAAUAUCUCAAGAGCUACACGCCUGGCUGGUAUGUUUUGUCUCCGACUCAUCUUCACGAGUUCAAGUCCGCCGAUCGAGUGGCCUGGCAGACACCAGUGAUGUCGCUGUAUCUCCCGGAGCAAAAGCUUGGUUCGCAUUCGCAGCCGGACUCCUCAUCUCACAAGUUCAUGUUGAAAGGGCGGCAAACGGGGACGAUGCACCGGGGACACUCAUGGGUCUUCCGUGCCGAGUCGCACGAGACGAUGAAGGCGUGGUACGAAGACGUCGAAAGCCUAAUCUCCAAGACCGGUGAAGCAAGGAAUGCAUUUGUCAGGAAACAUGUGCGCACUGUAAGUGGUGCAAGUUUCGGUCGGACGUCUACCAGCAGUGAUAGGGUUAUGGAUGAGGAUGAAGCAGAUCGCACGCCCUACUCGGCAGGAUCAGUGGUUUUAAACCAAGACGCCCGGCAUCUCAACCGCGCCCCACUGUCGCCAUCAAGUGGAGAGAGCUCCGGCGAGAGAGAUCUGUUGGCCGCCGUCGGAUCGCUCCCUGACGCUAAAUCCCCUCUCCAAGGCACACGUCGCUCCAUAUCUGAACGUGAUAUGGAUAUAGACCAGGUGCAGCCUUCAAGCCAGGCGGGUGAAAUCACGCGCCAACCUUUUGAGAGACACGACAGCUAUUAUGGCGGCUGGAUGAACACGGCCGACCAUCAGAAACAAGUGCAGGCUCAGCAAAUCUAUGAUAACACUCAGGAUACCGCUGGAUUUGAGAGAGGGAAUAUGGCUCCCAACUUGAUUGCAGGAUUGAGGGCAACCAAUUCUCGUGAAAGCUCUCUGUCACGACAGAGAAAUCGGGGGGAAAGCACCUCGACUGCGCCUACCACUACAAAUGUGACAGAUCACACUCUCAACACUGUCCCAACCUCGAUAGAUGAGAGGCCAGAAUCGAUAUCACACGGACCCGAUGAGCCUAUGACUGACAGCUGGAACAAAGGACAAGGGCCACCCUCUGUCCGUACAGCUUCAUCAACCACGGCAGUGCCCAUCAACACUCCUAGUCCGGGUAUCCCCCACUCGAACGAGGGCAUGAAGCGUCCCCCCGCUGCGACCAAGAACAGCGUAUCCACCCUCGACCUCAAGAUUCCAGGUCACUACCCACCAGCCAACGUCCCCGCAUAG